UUCUCUGUAUACUGUUCUCCAGUGUGCUCCGUCCUGCCCGGAGAAACAAAAACAAAAUAAAUUCGUCCUGGCGUAUCUAUCUCCGCCCUGGCGUAUCUAUCUCCGCCCUGGUGUAUCUAUCUCCGGCCUGGUGUAUCCAUCUCCGCCCUAGUGUAUCUAUCUCCGCCCUGGUGCUAAACUUAUCCAUUUUUCUGUGACUAAUUGAAUAUGCUGAUUAAUAUAAAAAUGUUAAACCUGUGAUUUAUGAUUAGAAAUAUUAGACAAUUUUGAAGUGAAUUUUAAAAAUGUGCAAGAUGAAUCUGCACAUAUUAGUUAAAUUAAAUUGUUUAAAAUCUGAAAGAUAAAGCCUUCAUUUGAAUAAUACGUCUAUCUUGCAAAAACCAACAAAUCAUCUAUUACAAAUAUAAGUGCUACUGAAGUGAUUUAUUAAAAACAAAAGAUUUACAUAUUUAAAGAAAGCUGGCUAAAGCUACAGCUAAAGCUAAAGCUAGCUACAGACACAUCCUUACUCCCCUUCAUUUUCCUUGAAGAUGGAAAUCUGUAUCAAUGAUAUUUAUCAAUCUUCAGUCUUAAACAAAAUUUGUUCCAAAACUGUGAUUUUUUUCUUUAUUCUGAGUUUAAUGAUCCCUGGGACAGGAUCAGAUAUUGCUCAGUGCGGAGAUAAAGAUUUUUCUUGUUUUUCCGAUAACUGGGAGUACCUGGAGUGUGUCUUUAACUCUACUCAUCCUUCCCAGCUCUUUAUAAACCAUAUAAACAUGGAGUUACAAGAUGGCGUUUAUAGAACACAGAAAUAUGAUAGUUUCUUCCAUUGUGAACCAGAACUCAGUUUUAGAAUCAGUGAGGAGCAGUGUUCUGAUUAUUAUGGAUAUAUUGAUGGAUUUAGUUUAGUACGACCUGGACAAAUGGUAUUGGAGGAAAAGGAUACAGGAGAGAGAGUUCUGAACCUAGUAGUGGGACGGAGUAAACAGAUUUUAUGCUUUAAACCAAUCUGUCUUCUUUAUAAUAUUCAUGUACACAGCAAACGUGCUCAUGUACAGUUGAAUAUUUUGAGUAAUCAGACAGCCUUCUCAGAUACUCUCAUAGUUCCAGAUCUUACUCCGUAUACUGAAUAUACUAUAGGCAUACGGAGUAAACCUUGUCUUGCUACUGGAGAACGGUUUUGGUCUCCCUGGUUAAACUUUACAGUUUCAACUGCAUCCUCAGUCCCUGAUGUUCCCGAUGUAUCCAGGAAUGCCUACCUGACCCGAGAGGCCUCUGAAAACAUAACAAUUGUUACUCUUUACUGGAGGAAACUUGAAGAAAGGUUUCAAAAUGGAGAAAAUUUUACAUAUUCAGUUUUGUUUCGCGGACAGAAAUAUUUAACCAAGCAGGCAACAUUUGAAGCUCAGCUGAAACCAGGAGAAAAUGCAACAUUUUUGAUAAGUUCCGAAAAUGAUAAAGGUUCCUCUAAUGAAUUUAGGGAGAUAUUUGUGGAUGGAUCCAAGGUGGGAGAAGGAGGAAGAUCUGUUCUUGUUCAAGAAGAUAAUAUUCCUGUUUUAUACUUUAAACCAAUUAGAUACGAGGAUUCCAUUACUUUAUUCUGGUGUAUUCAUCAACACUGUCAGAGUGGAGUGGACUGGAUGAGUAUAGAAAGGUCCCCAGUUCAACUGCAGCAAGGGACUGGUCCUGUUUUUAUAAACUGGAACAUGGAUUCAGGUCUCACUCAUCUUUCCUGUUCAUUAAACUCAGUUGAGUUGAAGGCUGGUGGUCUGUACAAUACAUUUAUGUACCUGAGGAACGGUACUGUACAUGUACAAACCCUUUUCCAGGGCUGUACACUCAACAACUCAGGAACAGGAGAUUUCAUGAUUAACCGGACACUGCUCACAUUUUGUCAAUCCUCAGGAUGUGAGAACCCAAGAGAAAUAUUAGCGAAUGGUUCAAAUCUAAUCAUCAGUGAUUUGGAGAGCUCCACUUGCUACAUCAUGAGGUCCCUGGUCACCUUGAUAUCUGGGUUCACGAUGGAGACUAGGAACUCCACCUACUGUACUCUUCCAGAUCUACCACCUACAGUAAAGGCAGCCUUCAUACAAAACUCCAUUCUUAGGAUAGAGCUGAAAAUAGAUAAAUCCUUGCAAGUAUCCAACCAAACCUACUGUAGGUUUAUUCUCUCCAAGUACUCAUUUAACAGUUCCUGCACACAAAUAAUAGAGAGAAACAUUUCUAAUAUAUUGAACCCCGGCUGUUCCAGGUUGGAAGUAAGUCAGUGUACUGAAUGGGCGUGUACAGACUUGUCUCCUGCUUUUCAUGUGAGUACAGUACCAACAGAUGUACAGCUUGAUGCAGUACAUAUAAGUGAGGAAAAUAAGAUUGACCUAUUGUACGGGUCUAGUUCAGCUGAAGGUUGUGAGGCCCGUGUAUACGAUAACAUUCUCAGAGACUAUGCUCGGUUUGAUCUUGAUCCUCCUUCAUGUGAAGACGACAUUUCAAACUGCUGUUCUCUGUCUAAUAUGAAAAGUAAAUCUGAACUAGUACUGGGGACGGGUGAGCUAGGAGAAUGCUCCCAUUUAAAUGUAUCAAUGAGAUGUUGGAACUUAAUAAUAUUCGAUGGAAGAUUAAGACAUCUUUACUCCGGCUGGAGUGAAAGCAUGGAUGUGAAAUCAACUUGUAUCAAAUCGUCUGGAACAGGAGAAAUUGUUGGAAUAGGAAUAGGAAUAUCCAUAGCAACAGUAUUAGGAUCUGCUGUACUCCUUCUACUUGCAGUACAAGUAUACAGGUUUAAGCAGAAGAUAUCUGCUAUUUCUGGGAUAGAGCCCGGACAUGGAAUACCUCUGGAUAUUACUGAAGCAAAUCAUAUAAAUCCAUUCUCCGACUUACCUCCGGCAUACCAGGAAUCUUCCUUCCUUUCUGAUCUAUCGUUGCCCCCAUACAACAGCUUUACAGUACAAAAUAAUUUAAAUCAAAACAACACCAGGAAUGGAUAUGAGUACCAAAUGCUUUCUCUCCACUAAAUGGUUUAAAUGUAGUAUUUGACAAUUGUAAAAAUGAAUUUUUAUUAAAAGAAUUUUCUAGUUGGAAGUUGGGAUUCACAAAAAUCCACAAAUAUUAAGAUAUAUAAAUAUAUGCACUGUGCAUUAUGCAUCACUUAUGGAAAAGGUCCUAGAUUAAAAUCAACUGUUAUGAACAUGAAAAAAAAAUCUUUAUACUGUAGCAAGAAAUCUGUAUAAAUACGCUGUGAAAGUCGUCUUAUUUUAAAGUGAAAUAAAUUAUAUUGUUUUCAA